AUGCCCUCACCUCUUAACGAUGGAGAGGAUCGAGGAGCAUCCCCCGUGAACUUGCCAUCUGUGGGUACCUACCAGAGCCAUGGCAAAAGAAAGGUGCACAGCAAAAAGAAGAAGGGGAUCAUCAGCGCUAAUGUUGCUGGCACCAAAUACGAAAUUGUUCGUAUAGUCAUGAACGAGAUGGACUUUCUGAAGACACGAGAUGAUGACGAGACUGCCAAUCUCAUCUGGAACGAUUCAGCUGUACAGCAUGAGAAAAUUGCUGAGCUCAGGAAUUAUCAGAGAAUUAACCAUUUUCCUGGUAUGGGUGAAAUUUGCCGCAAAGACUGCUUAGCCAGAAACAUGUCAAAAAUGAUCAAGUGCCAGUCUCAAGAGUACAGCUUUGUACCAAAAACCUGGAUCUUCCCCGCUGAGUACACACAGUUUCAAAAUUAUGUCAAGGAACUGCGGCGGAAACGCAAGCAGAAGACAUUUAUUGUCAAACCAGCCAAUGGAGCCAUGGGCCACGGGAUCUCACUUAUCCGUAACUGCGACAAGCUGCCAGCCCAGGAGCACUUUAUUGUUCAGGAGUACUUGGACAAACCUUUCCUGAUGGAGGGCUACAAAUUUGAUCUGCGCAUCUACAUCCUUGUCACUUCUUGUGACCCGCUUCGCAUUUUCCUUUACAAUGAUGGCCUGGUGCGCAUGGGCACAGAGAAGUACCAUGCACCUACUGAAGCCAAUCUGAACCAGCUCUACAUGCAUCUUACCAACUACUCAGUCAACAAACACAAUGAAAACUUUGAACGUGAUGAGACGGUGGACAAAGGUAGCAAAAGAUCCAUCAGUUGGUUCACUGAGUUCCUGCGCAUCAAUGACUACGACGUGGCCAAAUUCUGGGGUGAUGUUUCUGAGCUGGUCGUAAAGACAUUAAUUGUGGCAGAGCCUCACGUACUCCAUGCUUACCGCAUGUGCAGGCCCGGUCAGCCACCAGGGAGCGACAGUGUCUGCUUUGAAGUCCUAGGCUUUGACAUAAUCUUGGACCGCAAACUCAAACCGUGGCUACUGGAGAUCAAUCGAGCUCCAAGCUAUGGGACGGAUCAGAAGAUCGAUUUUGACAUAAAGAGAGGAGUUUUACUCAACGCUCUGAAGCUGCUCAACAUUAGAGCCAGUGACAAGAAACGCAAUCUGGCACAACAAAAAGCCGAGGCACAGAGGCGACUCUACGGGCAUGGAUCUGUAAAGAAACUGUCUGCUGCCUCCUCAGACUGGGAAAGACAGCGUCACACCUUGGAGCGAAGGCGAGAAGAGCUUAAAGAACGACUGGCACAAGUCCGAAAGCAAAUCUGCAGAGAAGCGCAUGAAAAACAAAACCUGGGCAAUUACAGACGAAUUUACCCUCCAGACGACAAGCUGCUGUUGGAGAAGUAUGAAAGCCUGCUCUCUUCCGCAUUUCAGACCUUCCUCGCUGGGCGAGCUGCCUCACUUCAGAAAGAAAUGAAUAAUCCUCUGAAACAAAUGAAGGAGGAGGACAUCUUAGAUCUGCUCGAGCAAUGUGAACUGGACGAUGAGAAGCUGAUGGGCAAAUCCUCGAGGCAACGUGGCCCUAAGCCCUUGACCACCAUGCCAGAAUGCAGCCAGACAUCACGACGUCAACGGCCAGACUACUUGGCUGACUUCACCAGCGGCAGCAGUGCUGAAAACUCUUGCCUAUCAUCAGAUGAAGAAGAGGAAGACAGGAGAAAAGCAGAAGGGAGAAGUAGAGGUGGAGAAAAGAGGGAGAAGAAAGUUUCUUAUGACCUAGGGAGCAAAGAGAAGAACUUGGCUGAGCGCUCAGGUCGGAUGCAUUGGAAACCAGCGGUCAAGCCAAUCAAAACCAGUCCAGCUCCUUCUGCUUCUCCGAUUCUUUCCAGCCCAAUCAGGCGCUCCAUCUCCUGCCCUCGCUCCAUAGCUUCACUCUCGUCACCCAAUGAUGUGCGGUCUCUCUCCAUUAGGCCCUCUAAUGUUCCUGUCAUCACGGCCCUCGUCCGGCCGAGCUCUGCAACACUACGCUCUCAUUCGCUAAGCCGCAGUGGCUCUGCCCAUCGUGUUCCUCAUAGCAACAGCCUAGGCACCAUCCACUCCAACAUUGUUGAUCCACUUAUUAACCCAAGGAGUAAAGAACAGGAGACAGAGUUUGUACGUCAGACACUAACUGCGCUCAUGGCCAUGAGGAUCCGAUUUCCCGGAAAAACGGAGGAGGAGGCUGAGGCAGUGCUCGAUGAGAUCCUUGAUAACUGGAAAUACCAUAAACCAAAGGUUGCCUCCUAUUGGCUUGUAAAGUUAGACUCCACGAAACAACGGAAGGUUUUGGAGAUUGUGAGGACAAAUGUGCGCUUAGCACUACAGCGAAUUUGGAAAGAGCCAGAUUUGGAAAGUCUCCACUUGUACCGCCUCUUUAACCGUGUCUUUAACAGACUACUCUGGAGUCAUGGCCAGGGCCUCUGGAACUGCUUCUCUAAUUCUUGUUCAUCUUGGGAGACAAUCUUCAGUAAGAGCAGCGACAUGGUUUCGCCUCAGGAGAUGCAAUGCUGCCGCAGGCUGGUGCAACUGUGCCAAGACUGUUUAUUAGUCGUCUACAAGUUUGUCUCUGAGUCCCGGGGCUCUUUGACUGGACUCAGCCCAGAAUGGGAUGAUACCAGCGUACCAUUUGCCGCUGGACCAGCCUCUACCCAUGGCUCCACCCCUGCUGCUGUCGCUGCUGCUUCUUCUUCCUCUUCUUCCGCCGUCUCUUCGCCCCCUGAUGCAGGUACUGGAACGCUGUUAGCAGGAGCUGUCUCACUGCUCUGUCUCGGUGGAAGGUGUCAUAGAAAAGUCUUAGAGAGGUAUCUCCUCCCAGUGACCUCCCAGUUCAUCAUGAAGUGGCCUUAG